UGAUGAGGUGAGUUAGUCUAAAAGAAUGUGAUUGGCUACAAAUCAUUCAGUGGGCUUCCAUAGUGAGAUGGGGAUUCGAAUCUGGGUCUCCCAGAAUGAAACGCUAACAGCUCUGAAACGCUAACUUCUGCACCACAAUGGCUCCCCUAGGCUGGCUGCUGUUGAACAGUCUAGCCAGGGACAACCAGACACGGAACACAUUAAAACCACAGCAACACCUACUAAAAACACUGUACACCACUAGCCAGUGCGGUGUAGUGGUAAGACUGUGAAAUGGAGAACAGAGUUCAGUUCCCCCCCUCCUCCACAUGCAUCCCGCUGGAUGAUCUUAGGCCAGUCACAGUUCUCUCAGAACUCUUUCAGCCUAUGCAAAGGCAGGCAAUGGCAAACCACCUCUAAAUGUUUCUUGCUUGAAAACCCUACAGGGUCGCCAUAAGUUAGAAACUUUUCACCGCCAGGGGCAUAUUUUUGUGAUUUGAUGUUGCAUUUCAAGGGGCUCUGAUGUUGCAUUUCAAGGGGCUCAAGAAAUCUUGAGCAUCCGUCUUUUUUAAUCCACAUUAUGAUUUUGCUGUACAGCUACCGCAUCCCCAUAUGCAAGCUAUGAUGUGACAUUUCCUUUUGGGAAACCACCUAAAUAUACAGCAGUUUUACUGAUUCCUGUUAUCAGUGCCACAACACUGUACCCAUGAUUUUUUGUGUGGCAAGUGUGAUAAAAGCGUAAGCUACAAUAUGAUUCUUGCCAUGCACAGGGGUUGCCAGUUUUGGGGGAUGGAGCCUAAGGAAGGUGGGACAUGGGGAGGAACCUCACAAUGCCACAAAGUCCACCCACUAAAGCAACCAUUCUCUCCAAGGAAACUGAUCUCUACUGUCUGGAAAUAAAUUGUAAUAGGCGGGAGAUCUCCCGCCCCCACCUGGAGGUUAGCAACUAAGACCAUUCGGCCUCUUUUGCACGCACACCCUUUCCCCAGAGGAGACAGAAGAAGAAACCAAAAAAGAUUUCCUUUUCCUUUCUCAGCGGCUCUUGUGCUUUUUCAUCCCCCAGUUCUUUUUCCGACGUGCAGCCCAAUGGGUUAAGCUCACUGAGUCUGCACGGCUAGAGUGGAAAGUCAGAAAUGUCUGGGAGGUGAAAGAGGAGGAGGUUGUGCUAAAAAAAAAAAAAAAAAACGGGGGGUGGGGGAGAGAAAGUGAGGUCAUCUUCCUGCCCCACCCGCUCCCCUGUCCACGGGUGAAACUUCCUAUUGGAUCCCCCACCCGGGAUCCGGCAAGAUCCUUUUGCCGGGGCUGCAGAAUUGCAAAGAAGCCAGGGGGGGCCGAGCUCUAGCCAGGGAUAAAGAUGGAGGAGAAGAACACGGCAGAACCCAAAGCUGGGGAGAGAUUGGCAGCAGCAGGCAAAGAUCUUCACAUUGUCCAAGUUGGGAUGAUGAGGGAGUUCCAGAGAGGGGCGGCUGCGUCCCAAAUUAAACAAGAGCCGGAUGAGGGGCUACAGCAAAGCUGGGCCGUCCAGCGACAGCAGUUCCGGAAGAUGACAGGGCAGACUUCAUAUUCAGGAUGGGCCGGCGCUCCGCUCUUUCAGCCCCUGUCAGAGAACCGGGCGACAGAAUUUCAGGGCUCUUCCAAGGGAGGAAGUGAGGCCAACCAGUGGCCACAAGGAGAAAGUCCAACUCGAUCCACGCCAGGCCUCAGUGGUCACGAAGACCACGAGGUCUACGAAAACCUGGACUCUUCUGUGGAAGUGAAGGAAGAGAUCCUGGAUGAAGUGGACGCCGCCAACUUGGAGCUACGGUGUCAGCGCUUCAGGCAGUUCAGCUACCGGGAGUCUCAGGGCCCCCGAAAGAUCUUCUGCCAGCUCUGGGAACUUUGCCACCAGUGGCUGAAGCCGGAGAAACAUACGAAGGAGCAGAUUCUGGAGCUGGUGAUCCUGGAGCAGUUCCUGAUGAUCCUGCCUCUGGACAUGCAGUGCUGGGUCAGGGAGCACGGCCCCGAGACCUGCGCUCAGGCGGUGACCUUUGCGGAGGAUUUUCUGUGGAAGGUGCCGGAAGCUGAUGGAACAGAGCAGAAGAUCUUGGAGGAAGCAGAUGAGUUGGCAGCAGACUCUCCCAAGUCAGAGCUGGACCCGUCAGACAUUGUGAAGAUUGAGCUCUCCAUGGAGAACUUACAAGACGGAGACCACCAACAAUAUUUUCUUGAUGAAGCAGGUGAAUUGCAAGAGGGAGCUUGUGGCGCUGGGAGGAAAAAGGCCACUUUUGAUAGUGGGAAAACCCUUCAUCCACCAUCUGACCACCUUUCCAAGAACCAGAAGAUGCCACUGAAGGAGAAGCCCUAUAAAUGCUCGUACUGUGGGAAAAUCUCUGAUUGCAGGGCGCACCUGAUCAUCCAUGAAAGAACCCACACAGGGGAGAAGCCACAUAAAUGCUCUGUCUGUGGCAAGAGUUUCACUCGGAAAGAGUCCCUCAUUAUCCACGAGAGGUUUCACACAGGAGAGAAGCCCUAUAAGUGCUCAGUGUGUGGCAAAACCUUCAGUGAUAAAAUUGGCCGUCUGAUACAUGAGAGGACCCACACGGGAGAAAAACCAUACAAGUGCACUGAAUGUGGGAAAAGCUUUGGAACUCGCUGUAACCUCCUAAGGCAUAGAAGGGUGCACACAGGAGAGAAACCGUAUAGGUGCUCAGAUUGUGGACAAAGCUUCAGGUAUAGACCACAACUAGUGAUACAUGAGGGAUCCCACAAGGGCGAGAAACCAUAUAAGUGCCCAGACUGUGGAGAGAGCUUCAAUCAAAGUCGGCACCUUGUUAUUCACAAGUGGACCCACACCGGAGAGAGACCACAUAAAUGCUCCAUUUGUGGAAAAAGCUUCAAUCAAAAAUCAGAUCUCAUUACCCAUACAAGAACCCACACAGGCGAGAAACCAUAUGUGUGCUCAGAGUGUGGGAAAAGCUUUAUUUCAAGCUGCCAGCUCCGAAAGCACGAGAGAAUCCACACAGGUGAGAAACCAUACCAGUGUUCAGAGUGUGGCAAAUGUUUUACAUACAGCUCUCACCUUACAACCCACAAAAGAACGCACACGGGAGAGAAACCAUACCAGUGUCCAGACUGUGGUAAGUGCUUCAUUUCCAGCUCUCACUUCACGGCACACAGAAGGACGCACACAGGAGAGAAACCCUAUCAGUGUUCAUACUGUGGAAACAGCUUCAUCCAGAGAUCACAGCUUGCCAAACACGAAAGAUCACAUACAGGCGAGAAGCCGUAUAUAUGUUCAGAGUGCGGGCAAAGCUUCCGAUGGAGUCAAGGGCUUAAGAAACACAUGAGGACUCACACCGGAGAGAAGCCGUAUAAAUGCUCACAGUGUGAGAAAACAUUCACCAGUUCCUCAAAUCUUUCUAGACAUCAGAAAAUCCAUGCUAGGGAGAAACUGUAAGGAACCUGAUUGAAGAAAAGUCCCAUAAAUGCUUAGACUGUGGGACAGAAUAUUGGGCAGACAUCAGAAAACCUCAUCAAAGGAAACUCUUUCCAUUGUGCCAAAUCAUUCAAGGGUACGGUAACACCUUGCAGCUAAUUCACAUUGUAAAUAGAGUCUUCGGAAAGCUUGACUGGAAAUAACUUCCUUUGAUAGGUCCCAGUACCCUAGUCCUCAGAUAAUCCAGCGCCAUCACCACAUAUGAAUUUGGUUCGCUGCCCAUUCACAAGGGCUGGGUACCCCAAAAUCUGAUGCGGGCAUCUUAGGAACUAAUUUAAGCCCUUGUGCAGGUUCAGUGUCUUAAGGGGUUGUUAUUGGCCUUAAAGAAAGGUUUUGUUUAGGAACUUGUAAGGUAUUAUUCCAUCUCUCUUGCUGAAUGUAUACAACCACUGAGAAUCAUUUCAGCCCAUUAUCACAGGGUUUCUUUAGAGUUUGGCAUGGUGUUGUGUACAUGUUGUACUCUAAGCCACUGUUCCCUGCCCAGAGCUGAUGAGAUUUGUAUUGGCCAAGGCUGUGAAUUGUAUAAAUUCAGAUUUUAGGACAUGCCAUUGACUGUAGGUUUUACAUUUAGAGUUUAUUUCUGGCCCUCAUUAAAUUCAACAAUGCCACGUCGUUUGCAGUAUUUGUUCUGACAGUGGAAUAAAAGUCCUUGUUUCCUA